AUGAUUGCACAGCAGAUAAUACGCCACUCACUGGUUAUCUUUUGUGCUGCUUGGAUUUCCUUGGGUGAACCACAGAUCAAAGGAAAAGUAAGUAAUCCCCGGCAUCUCCAGGCAAAUAGGUCACCGAGUGAGGAAUGUGUGGGUGAUUGUUCCAUCAGUGGAAAGGACUGCACCAAGCUCUGUAAACAACCCUUCAAUGGAACAAUGACUUUUGUUUGUCUGAGAGGACAGUGGGAGGAGUCAACAGAGACAUGCACCCGUUUGAAUAUCCAAUCGCUUCUCCAGAGGAUUUCCAGACCAGGACCUGAUGUGAAUACGUUUUCAACGUUAGGAGGAAGAGAUGGACAGUUCUGUCCUGCUGAUUUCUCUUGUAUAACUAACAGCGUCCUCAAGGAAGAGCCCAAAGCAGGAGACAUCGUUGGUGUUGUGACGUUGCUAAAAACCAUUUCGUCAAACUUUUCUACAAAUGUCACCACCGCAAAACUGAAGAGCUACAGCAAAAUGGCCAACCACAUUCUCAAGGGCAGCAUCCUUCCCGAAUGGGCUUUUGUGAGUGACAAAAACGCCAGUUCCACUUUGAUGAAAUCUGUGGUUUCAUUUGCCAGGAAUCUUAAGAUUCGAAACAGCCCUCUGGAUGUCUCUGAUCCCUUCAUCGAGACCAAAGGCGCCAAAAUCGAUAAAAACACUCCAGAGAAGACUUUUACGCUUUCCUUUGGGUUUAAUGAUUCUAAAAGUCGCCUCAAGGGGGCAGUCUCACUCCUGAGGGAAGAGCUUCAGCUGUUGCCGGCAGACUCCCAGAUCAUCACCGUUGCCAUGCCAACCCUUGGGCCUAUUCUUGAAAAAACCCUCCCUGGCAGCAUCUCGUUGAAUGGGAUGGUGUUGUCAGUCGCAUUGCCAAAAGCGCUAGAAAAAGUUUCCCUCACGUUCGAAAAAAUGAAUAAAACAGCAAAUGUCGUGUGCGUUGCCUGGCGCUCGGCCUACCAAAUAUGGGAUAAAACUGCCUGCGAACUGGAAAAAGAGAGUUCUGCCACAGCCACUGCGACCUGCCGCUGCCAAUACCAGCCUGAUCAGCUCCAAUCAUUUUCGAUUCUCAUGUCCUCCGUUAAUGUCAAUCAUCCUGCCUUGCAUUACAUCACACAUGUGGGCUUGGCUGUCUCAAUCUGCAGCUUGCUCCUAUGCCUAGCCAUUGAGGCAGCUGUCUGGCGCCAGGUAACCCAAACCCAUCUCUCCUACAUGCGUCACGUUUGCCUGGUGAACAUAGCGGUCUCCCUUCUCAUCGCAGAUAUUCUGUUCAUCGUAGUGCAUAUCAUGACUGACUUGCCCAAAAAGCAUGAAGGGUGUGUCACCGCCACGUUCUUUGUGCACUUUUUCUACCUCGCCUUGUUUUUCUGGAUGCUGGCUUUGGGACUCUUGAUUUUGUACGGUCUGUUAGCCAUUUUCUGGCACCUGAGAAAGUCUGCCUUGUUGGCCCUGGCUUUCUGCAUUGGUUACGGCUGUCCCACAGUCAUUGCACUUCUCACUGUGAUGAUCACUGAACCAAGGAAAGUCUAUCUGAGAGACAAUACCUGCUGGUUGAACUGGAAUGAGAGCAGAGCCCUCUUGGCGUUUAUAAUACCAGCUUUCCUUAUCAUUGGCGUCAACCUGGUUGUGGUGUUUGUUGUCCUUGCCAAAUCGGGAAGAUCUUCUGUUGGGAAUCGCUCGAACACACAAGACCUAGUCACGGUGAUCAGAGUUGGCAAAAACCUCGUGCUCCUGACCCCAUUGCUGGGACUCACCUGGGUAUUUGGACUGCUAAUUGUCCAUAAUGAUAGGCUGGAUUUCCACAUUGUGUUUUCAUUGCUCAAUUCAUUCCAGGGGGGUUUUAUCUUGCUGUUUGGGACUCUUCUGGACAGGAAGACAAGAGAAGUUUUAUGGAUGAAAUGCUUUCCCUCAAAGACUCCGCCAUCAGAUGCUAAAUUGUGA